AUGGUGCAGCAGCCGAGGUGCUCGGCGUCGGCGCACAAGAGGUUGUCGUACGUGUCCCGGGUUGAGGAACACCCGGACGCCGUGCGCCCAGCACUGGUUGGCGCCGUGCGGCAGCCGAGGCGGCUCGUGGUGGUGGCGGCGGCGAAGCGCCGGUACAAGGGGACGGCGAGGAGGGAGGCAGCGCUGGCGGGGCGGCUGGUGGUGGUGGCGGCGGCGAAGUGCCGGUACAAGGGGACGCCGAGGAGGGAGGCGGCGCUGGCGGAGCUUGUGGAGCGGACAGUGGCGGAGGCGAUGGAGGCGUGCGCGGGGCACGAGGCGGAGGCCGGUUGCCGCGUGGCGUGGGACGAGGUGGAGGAGGUGAGCCAGGCCAGGGCCGACCUCCGCCCCUGCAUCGCCGAGGCCCCUGGCGACCCGCUCGAGCCCUUCUGCGUGCACAACCCCGAUGCUGACGACUGCGCCAUUGUCUACGUCGACGUCGACGACUGA